UUCCUUGAAGUCACCUUUAAAACUCUAUUGGAGCCUGACAGACGCGACCACGCAGCAGAUACCGCUCUCCAGCCCACCCGCGACACUACCUCUGACAAGAUGCUGCCCCGGAAGCUCCCAGCCCACCUGGCCCCGCCCACGCCUGCGGCCGCCGGAGUUCAAAGUCCCCGCCCCCUCCGAGGAGUUUCCCAAAGCCCCGCGCGGCAGGUCGGCCGCCCUAAGAUGGCGACUCCCAUGCACCGGCUGAUAGCACGGAGACAAGCUGAAGCAAAUAAGCAACAUGUUAGAUGUCAGAAAUGCUUGGAAUUUGGACAUUGGACUUAUGAAUGCACAGGAAAAAGAAAAUACCUCCAUAGGCCUUCAAGAACAGCAGAACUAAAGAAAGCUUUAAAAGAAAAAGAAAAAUUAUUAUUACAACAAAGCAUGUCUAUCAGCACUGGAGAGACCAAUGUAGAAAAAAAGACCAAGAAAAAAAGGUCGAAGAGUGUAACUAGUUCCAGUAGCAAUAGCAGUGACAGUUCAGCCAGUGAUUCUUCAUCAGAGAGUGAAGAAACAUCUACCUCAUCUUCCUCAGAGGACAGUGACACCGAUGAGAGCUCCUCUAGUUCUUCAUCUUCAGCUUCCUCCACAACCUCUUCCUCCUCCUCUGAUUCAGACUCAGACUCCAGCUCUUCCAGUAGUAGCAGCACCAGCACAGAUAGCAGCUCUGAAGAUGAGCCACCAAAGAAGAAAAAAAAAUAAUGGCUCUAUCCAUAUUGGACUCAUGGACCAGAAAUAUCAAUGUGAUUCUCAGAAGAGAACUUAGACAAUGUUAAAGCCAAAUAGGUUAACUGGUCAAACUUUCUAGAGUUCAAAAAUCUCAGUGGCUACAGAGGCUGAGGCAGGAGGAUUGCAGGUUCAAAGCCAGCUUCAGCAACUAAAUGAGACCCUAAGCAAUUUAGCACAACCCAGUCUCAAAAUAAAAAAUAAACAGGGAUGGAGAUAUGACUCAGUAGUUAAAGACCCCUGGGUUAAAUCCCCAGUAGACCCCCACUCCCACCCCCACCCAAAGUUUCUAAGUGUUUUACAUUGUAAAAACAUAAAGAUUAUUAACAUAUACACAUAUAUAUUUAUGCACAUAUAUUUGACUUUUAUUUUAGAGAUGAAUCUUGUUUUUCUUUUUUAAUCCUUAAAAUAUAUCUGUAGACUUUAAUCAAAGCUGAAAUCUAGUAAAUAUGUUUUUGUGAUGGAACUUAUUUUUUCUUCCUGUAAAAAUAAAUGCCAUGCUUUGUUAUAUGUUAAUGGUAUAUGUCAGGCAGGUUUUCAGGAUAAUGCUUAGAAUAUCUGGCAAAGAAUUUCUAAUGCUUUCGACUGUGUUACUAUGUAAAAUUUAAUACAUUGUUACUAUAACCUUAGGAGUUUUCCUACUGUUAAUAAAUGUACUCUAUUUUCAUGUUUAUCUUCAGAAAGUUAUUUUGACUUUUUGUCCUGAUAAGUUCAUGGGACCUAUAAAUAUAUUUAUACCUUUUAAAUGCCGCAAGUUUCAAGUUGCUGUGUUAUAUCAUUCAAUUCCUUCUGUUUCCUUAAGUUCUUAGAGUUACCCUUUCUGAGGAAAAUCAUUCUAAAAAGGGACAAAAAAUCUGAAACUAAGGAGUCUAAUUUUGGUGCCUUUCAAAAAAAUUCAGAGUAUCUAAAAAGAAAGCAACAAAGUAAAAGUGCUAUAAAUAUCUUUAUGUAGUAAAAAUACUAUAAAAAGUACAGUUCAAAGUUGGAGAAAGUAGGAAGAAGAGUGGUGAUUUUCCAAAAAUCAGGACAGAGUUGGUUGCCUUUAAGAAUGCCUUUCUGUGUUGUGGGUCAUUGGUAGAGUGCUUACCUAAUGUGUGAGGCACUGGGUUUGAUUCUCAGUACCACAUAUAAAUACAUAAAAAAUAAAGAUGUAUUGACAACUAAAAAAAUAUUUUUUUAAAAAAGAAGGUUGCCUUUUGCCAUUUUUGUAAUUAUGGUAUGACAAUUUAUAUGGUAUUUGGUAAAUAUGACAGUCUACUACUGAAUAAUGAAGAUUAAUGUUGUGUUUACAUAUCAUAUACACAGUUAAAUCUAACAUGAAGGUUAAAAAGGAAAUACUGUACAAUGUUCCUUAAAAGUAAAAUACCAGGCUAGGGAUAUAGCUCAGUUGGUAGAGUGCUUGCCUCACAUGUACAAGGCCAUGGGUUCAAUACCCAGCACUACCAAAAAAAAAAAAAAAGUAAAUUAUUUAUUGUGAUGAGAUUGGUUUAACAUCACAUUCUGUGAUGUCUUCUAAACUUUUUGGAAAAAGGUCUCAUUUAUAGAAAAAUCUUGAUUUGGUUUAAAUAUAGGUUUUCAAAACUUUUUUAAAAAAUAAUUCAAUGAGAAAGUGGUAGAAAGCUACUUUUGAAGAAAAUGAGCUUCUCUUUACAUGUUUAAAUGUUUGUAUGUUUUGAGUUUAGAAAGUCUGUAAUUACCUGUAAAUUUUGUAGAACCAUCUGCUUUCAUUUGUAAAUAAACUUUACUUUAAAAAAUAUUUCAGAAGGCUUCACCGAGAAUGUAUCACUUCACAGGUAGAUUUAAUAAAUCACUCUUCAAACAUACUAACACUGUUCAUUGUCUCUGCAAGGGCAAUUUUUGCAAGCUAAAGAACUUAGAAGAGAAAAAAGUAUGUACCUAGGAAGCAUUCCUUGCAAUUAAAUAAAACUCAGAACUUAUGCUCACAA